UUCACAGCAACAAUCAAUAGACGAUACCAAAGUUGACUGUUGGUUGCCAUCACUGGAUUAUGGUCGAAAAACUGGGUUUUAUAUACUAAUAAGCAUUUUUUGGAUCAUGAGGGGCCAUGUUGUGUAGAAUUAUUGGAUUGUGUCAACUUUUCCUGGGUUAAAAGAGGAGUGCAAGAUUAUUAUUUUGGUUAAGUUUAUUUCAAGAAAUGAAGAAUAGCCCGCGGACAACGUCCCACAUUCCGCGGGUCAUUCUCSUGCUAGUGUUGUUGUUUAGCUCAUCGCAUGCUCAGAAGAGGCCCAAACCCAACAAACCCAAUAUCAUUAUGAUCGUUGCUGACGAUCUGGGCUGGGAUGAUGUUAGUUUCCAUGGUUCGCCUCAAAUUCCCACGCCAGCCUUAGAUGCACUUGCUAAUAAUGGAGUCAUUCUUAAUAACUAUUACGUAUCACCCAUCGAUACUCCAACCAGGGCAUCCUUGAUGACUGGCAAAUACCCUAUACAUAUGGGUCUACAGCAUGAUACUAUUCACAAUAGACAGGCUAUGGGGGUACCAUUAAAGGAGAAAUUCCUUUCUCAGUAUUUACAAGAACAAGGYUACUCAACACAUGCCAUUGGAAAAUGGCAACUGGGGUUCUUCUCGAGAGAGUACACACCCAAUUACCGUGGCUUUGAUUCGUUCUUUGGAUUCUUUACGUCCAAUCAGGAUUACUAUAAACACGUGGCCUAUGACGGAGGCUACGGCCUCGAUCUCAGGAGAAAUAUGGAUGUCGUGUACAACGAAACUGGUGUUUACAGCACAGAAUUGUUUGCUAAAGAAGCUGACAAAGUCCUGAAUGAGCACGAUAAAAGCAAACCACUGUUCUUGUACUUGGCUCAYCAAGCCGUUGGAGUUGGCAAUAUGGAGGAUCCUCUUCAGGCACCUCCUCGCUUCCUGGAAAAGUUCAAAUACAUCAAAGACUCCAGACGACGAACGUUUGCAGCUAUGGUCGCCUCUUUAGACGAGUCGGUUCGUCAACUUGUCUACACACUAAAAAGAAAGCGUCUCUAUGACAACACUAUCAUUAUCUUCACAACYGACAAUGGUGCAGCUGCUGGAGGACUUGAUAUGAGCGCUGGCUCAAACUUUCCUCUACGUGGUGUCAAGAAUACUUUGUGGGAGGGAGGAGUCCGUGGUGUGUCAUUCGUUCACAGUCCACUGAUCAGACGAAAGGGGCGUGUGUAUGAUGGUCUCAUGCAUGUAUCUGAUUGGCUGCCUACAAUCUAUGGCCUUACAAAUGGCAACGCAAAGAGUCUGGGUCCUAUAGAUGGUUAUGAUCAAUGGGACACAAUCAGCUAUGGAGGUGAAAGCCCUCGUUACGAAGUGCUUCAUGGGAUAGAUCCACUUCUCGGAAAUCGCGCCUCGCUGAGAGUUGGYGACUACAAAAUCAUCAUGAAUCAAAGUUUAAAUUUCUAUGGGGACUGGUACAAGCGUCCUGAAGCCCCACAUGAGCUGGAYUAUAUCAGAAAGCCUCGACUUGUUAGGAAUGCAACGGUGGAAUGUAAUAACGAGUUGCCUCAUCCUCUUCUUCACACGCAUGCGCCGUUAUGUAUUCCCACUAAGAAACCUUGUCUGUUUAAYAUCAAAUGGGAUCCCUGCGAAUAUCACAACUUAGCUGACUUUAUGCCUAACACCCUGAAGGUCAUGCUAGACAGACUCAAGUUUUAUCAGCGAACGUUACAAGAUCCAAUAUAUCCAGGAAUGGACAGUAAAGCRAACCCUGAUAACACGGGUGGUGUGUGGAUCCCAUGGCGUGAAAGUCCAUUAAUGGAUCCAACACAAAAUGACUUCAUCUAUCCUUACAGUUACGAAGACCAGGCUACAAACUCAUCCACUGGCCUACUACUCAACAAGAACUUACGUAAAUUUAUGCGAGACCAGUCCACUAUCUACCAAAAUGAGACAGGAGGACCUGGACAGGGUCCUAUUCAUAAGGCACAACCAGUUAUCAUCGUGCGACUGUCGCCUGACACCCCACCACCACCCCCACCGAAACCAUACGUACCGCCACCAACUCCACCGCCUGCUACAGCACCUCCUCCGCCUCCUCCGCCACCACCACCACCACCACCUCCACCACCACCACCUCAAACUACACUUCCAACCACACCACCAACCACGCCUUACAUACCACCUGUGACGCAAACUACACGAUACAUAGCACCUGUCACUCAAACCACAGCAUACGUUCCUCCUGUUGCUUUCCAACAAACUACRGAAGCAUACAAACCACCAACACCAGCCCCUCCUGCGGUUUAUGGUGACACGACUCCUCCUCCUACCACUAAAGCUCCUGUCACGCAAGCCACCACGCCUUAUAUUCCACCUGUCACGCAAGCGCCUGCCACGCAGUCCACCACACCUUAUGUUGCUCCAACACAGCCAACAGUACCAUUUAUCCCGCCAUUGAUAAACAUAGCGACUGAACCAGAUAACGUGACUAUCAAGGUGAGCUUUGGUCAUCCCAAGCAGCCGAACGUGGAAAAGAACCUACUUCAGCCACAGGUACCCCAACCAGUCAACCAAGAACAACGACCAAGCUUAUGGGAUCAUAUUAACUCAUUCAAACCUGACAAUUCAACAAAUCAGAUUUCAACCGGUAAAGUGGAGGAGAUCUCUAAUGUUAAAGUACCUCCAGUGACACUUCAUAGAGUGAAACCGUUCAGGAACUACACCCAUAAACCGACAUUGCCUGGCGUACCUGAAGUAUUAGAUAUCAUUGAUGAGACGAUAGGCGGAAAAACCAAGGCUGCUGAUCAAGGCAGUGGACAGCCAAGUAUUCCACAGAUAUUUGAUAUUAUUGAUGAGAUGCAUAAGACAAAGACAAGUCAUGACAAGAAACCUCAGCAUGUUAAGCACAAAGGGCCAACAGCAACUAGCAAACCACUGUCCAUCAGCGAUGUGGGCUCAGGCAUGGGGAUUGGYCUCAAUGGUCUACCGCAAGGUAUCUCGGUAUUUGGUUCAAUGGGCGACAAGAAACUCAAACCUCAUGAAACCAAAAGUCAUGAAAACAUUGUGGUYGUUCCUACUCCCAACCAGCAUGCCAUUCAUACUUUCUUUGGUAACAUCACCAUUGAAGGUCGYACGUAUUUCGUGGURGGAAGUGAAAGUGACGAAUUAGCACGAGUAAAGACUAAAGUUGAUGGAGAUCGGAUAAUGGUACAUAUGCCUAAAGUCGCUCCAGURUCACCGACACCACAGGUAACCCAGAAAUCGCAUAUCAGUGAAAUGCAGGAUACGAUAAUCAUCAAUGAUGAAGAAGAAAAAAAGAAAUCCAUGACGAAAUCUCUAGCUGCUCACAAUAUAACAUCAUAUCCUUCUGGCGGUCAGAACGGAACCAAAUGCGAGAAGGUUGUACAGCUUGACACUUCCGAUAACGCUGUCGUCGUGUCGUCGGUUGUAAUCGUCGUCAUAGCGUCGGCAAUGGUUGUUGGUGUAGCCGUCGUUGCUAUGGUAGCAGUAGUCGCUAGGCAUUGUCAAAAUUCCAGGAAUAACUAAGUUAUAGAAUGAAAUAAUUUUUUAGCUUGAUGACGUUAAGAUAACAUACCAGGUUGRCAUAGCAACAGUCUUAAUUAAUGCUUUUCAUCAUAACUGUCCAACCUUAAACGAAAUAAUAACAAAUUGAUAUAUUUUUGCAUUUAAAUUUAAUUGAUAGCUGAAUACUUUUCAAAUAUAUUAUCGGGUAACUAUAAACGCUGUUACUAUGGUUACACAGUAUAGUAACACUGUAACUAUAGUAACUUGAAAAGAUUCUUGGUUGUCAAGGGCCAAAAACAACUAGCAAACCUCUGUCCUUCCGGGACGUGGGCUCAAUAUAUGCUGCUUUGAUACUUCUGCAACGCUGCAUAUAUGGAGAACAAUUUUUCAUUUAUUUUUUUGUUAUAUCUUAUCGCUUUUCCAAAAUGAUUYUGCUUUAUCAGUCAAUUCCAGAUUAUUAUAAUGAUUUUUAGACGUAAAUGCUGAUGUACAAAGAUAAUUGUAAUGAAUCCAAAGAAAUAAACUCUCGUUAAAUCACA